AUGAUUCUUGUAACACACGAUAAAAAGUUCCAUUUGGAUGAGGUUCUAGCAACUGCUGUAUUGCUUAAGAUAUACCCAGACUCAGAAAUAAUCAGAACAAGAAAUCCAGCAGUCAUAGAGACUGGAGACAUAGUGUACGAUGUUGGGGGUUUAUUUGAUCCUAAGACUAGUAGAUACGAUCACCAUCAGGAGUCGUUUGGCGAAACCUUCAACUCGAACCACAAGAUAAAGCUAAGCAGUUCCGGGUUAAUUUACAAGUAUUAUGCAGAAAAAUUUCUAGAAAUAUACGGAAUUACUAAAACAAAUGAAUACUUCCAAAGAGUACUGGAAGAAGUCUAUACGGCUUAUUUUAUGUCCGCAGAUGCAAUUGACAAUGGAUACGAGAUUUUUGGGGAGAUCGUUCCACGAUCUCUUUCACACAUCGUUGAAUCAUUCAAUGCUUUAAGCUUUUCUAGCAGUGAGGAUGAUGAACAGAACAAAAGAUUUCUAGAAGCCGUGAGGUUUGUUUCCAAGGAUUUAGAUAAUUUCAUGCAUACAAUAGUUAAUGGGUGGAUUCCGAAUUAUAAGUAUUUGGAUAAACUGAUAGCAGAUUCUGAUGGAGACAUUUUGUGUGUUGAUAAGUAUUGUUUUAUUGACGUAAUUCCAGAAAUAGAGAAGAAAUAUAAAAAGGAUAUCAGAUUUGUACUAAACAAAAGAGAAAGCUCAGUAACCAUUCUUGCCGUCCCUAGAGAAAGAAAGCACUUUAGGUCGAAAGUUCCUUUAAAAAAAGAAUGGAGAGGACUCGCCGGAAGCAAACUAGAAGCUAUUUCUGGAAUUGAAGGAUGCAAUUUUGUGCACGCAUCCGGCUUUGUAGGCUCCAAUAGAACCGUUGAAGGUGCAAUGGAGAUGUGUAGAGUGUCAGUCGAGACAUAUUGCAAAGAGUAG